AUGGCGCUGCUCAUGUCAGUGGUAUCUUUCACAUUUUCACUAUUUUUGACACCGUUUCUUAUGUUCUUACUUGCCAUUAUAUUUCUGGCAUCAAUCGGUAAAUCACUUGGAAUAAGGAAACUUUAUAUCAAGCUACUUCUCACAUUAUUCGAGUAUGGCAGGCAGAAUAUCGAAAAAGUGCGGAAGGAAAAGAAUAACUACGAUCGUGGAGCGGGGGAAAGUGAGGACGAAGGCGGCGGUUCUUCUCCAUCGACUGAAAUCCCUCCCACAACUAUAAUAAAUAAAAAACCCAAGGAAAAUUGUACAAAUGGAUCCCUUGGUAAUACAGUAAUUGCAAGAUCCAAAGAGUUGAUCCUCGUACCUGAACCAGAUACACAUAAAGACAAUACGUCUGAGACACAGGAGGAAAAAUCCAGUUGCGUUGACAAUAAAAAUGAGCGAGUUCUCAGUCAACAAAAAUCGUUUGAGGCCCUUGAAACCGUGUUUGAUCCGGCAUUUUGCUUGGACUACAUUAAAGCGGGUGUGGAGGCCAUAAUUGAGGACGAAGUAACGUCGAGAUUUGAAGCUGAAGAAUUAAAGAACUGGAACCUCCUGACGAGAACCAACAGACGAUAUGAAUUCAUAUCCUGGAGAUUAACUGUCAUAUGGAUGUGUGGAUUUUUCAUGAGAUACUGUUUCUUAUUACCACUGAGAAUUCUAAUUUGUCAUAUUGGUGGUUACAAUCUCCUAAUAGCAACAGCAAUCAUCAGUUUUCUCCCGAAUGGCCGUCUGAGAACUUGGAUUCAUGACUUGCUGUAUACAAAUUCCUUUCGUCUAAUAGCUAGAUCAUUAUCAAGUGUAAUAAAUAUUCACAAUCCAGAGUACAAACCGAAACCAGGUGGCAUUUGUGCAGCUAAUCAUACAUCGAUUCUCGAUGUAUGCAUCUUGUCGACGCAGACGACUUUUUCAUUGAUUGGGCAAAGACAUGGGGGAUUUUUAGGGAUUUUGCAGCGAGCAUUAGCGCGUGCCUCUCCUCACAUUUGGUUUGAGCGGUCGGAGGUGAAAGACAGGGAAGCUGUUACGAAAAGGUUGAAACAGCACAUUUCGGAUCCUACGAAUCCUCCAAUUUUAAUAUUCCCCGAGGGUACCUGUAUCAAUAAUACAUCAGUCAUGCAGUUCAAGAAGGGCAGCUUCGAAGUUGGUGGAGUUAUUUAUCCAGUAGCAAUUAAGUACGAUCCAAGAUUCGGCGACGCCUUCUGGAAUAGCAGUAGAUACUCAAUGCUGCAAUACCUGUAUAUGAUGAUGUCCAGUUGGGCGAUUGUCUGUGACGUAUGGUAUCUUCCACCAAUGUACCGAGGAGAUGGUGAAAGUGCCAUUGACUUCGCCAAUCGUGUCAAGUCUGUGAUUGCGAGGCAAGGUGGCCUUGUUGACCUACAAUGGGACGGCCAACUGAAAAGAAUGAAACCGAAGAAGGAAUGGAGAGAAAAACAACAGGAAGAAUUCAGUAAACGCCUCAAGGUGGAAUAGAUGAGAUUUACUGCCGCUAGUCACGAACUUUUACACUAACCAAAUGAUCCAAAAAUAUUGGGCAAUCUGUGCAUAAGGCUCACGUAAACCGAGUCAAUUUGUGAGUGAUUCAUCGGGGCUAACUAGAGUAAAAAAAUAAAACAACAAACUGAUCCAUACGUGGUAAACGAGACCUAAGCAUUAUCAUUUGGAUAUUUUUAUUUUCAAUGACCCAUUCGCAUACCUUAUCUAUUGUUUACAAUGAUAAAUAGUUUUACUGACGAGGAUUAAUUUCCUGUAAUCGUUGGUUAAAGCGUAUGUGAAUCGGUCAUUGAAUUAUGAACAAAUUGUCUUUUAGAGAAUUUUCAUGAUGAGAGUAAGUAGCAUCAUGGAUGUGGGUGUAUUUUGAUAUUUUCAAGCCAUAUGAAAUAUUUUUUCCGGAGUAAUUAUGAGGUUAAACUCGUUUUCCCUGCUUUGUGUUACCGUAGAGCCAAAAAUUAUCUAUGUAUAUUUUGCUACUUUUAUAUUUCCAACCAUGAAAGAAACAAAAUCUUUCCAAAAACCCCAUGAGCCACAAAUCAUUGGCUGGGGAAUGGGUCUUCAGGCGUUUGUGGUAAAAUAAGUUGAUUUUUUUUAGAUUUUAAGAGAGUUGUGUCGAAAGUGAAAAACUCAAAUUGAUAGUGAAGUGGUAAAACGUGCGUUUUGUAUUUAACUAGUAAAUGUAACAUUGUGAGAGGUGUACUUCAGACUUUCUUCUCAUAUGCUUGUGAAUCGACAUUGAAAAUCAUUAUUAAUUGAAAGAUUUUGUUUCAUUAUUCGCUCACUACGAUGUUCAUCAGAAUUGUUGCCGCAUAAGUACAAUUUCAUAAAAGAAACAUUGGAAAAUCUGGAAAUCUAUCUGGUCUGAUGUAUCAUAGAAAAGUAAAACCACAUCUAGUAUUUCGUUGAAAAAAGGCAGCGAAAUGAUCAACAUAUUUCAUUGUGAAAGAUGACUCAAGAAUCACGAAAGUUGAGGAACAAAUAUUCUCAUAGUCUUCAUAAGACAAAAGAUUAACUAUCGAUUUCUCCUUUUCACGCUAACUAUUCAAUUUUAAUCCAAUGCAUUGUAAUGAAUUACCGACAAUAUGACUCGAUUUUGUCUGAACGAUUGUGAAAUAGAAUUAAUCUCCGAGAUUCGUGAAAGUGAUAAUGCUCGAUGAACCAUGUUUAUUUGUCAAGUAUUUGUUGACGGGAGUAUUUUUGUAAUAAAAUUAAUAUUUCGCAUGCUUCACAUAAUUCAAGUAGUUCUCUAAUAUUUUUGUAAUUUUCCACUUGACAAAUAAACAUAACGAUUUAUUAGUUAAUUCAUAUUUUUUCGAAAACGCACGGAAAUAAUGAUUCAUCAUUGCGUUAAACGCAAAUUGUUUAACUAGUCACGAAUAAUUUCGUUUAUUAUCUAGUACUAUUGGACCUAUUAUCGUUGUCAUCUGUUGGCAUCGUACUUGAUACUUAACAAAUUAUGACAGAUGACUCGACCGCAAUCCUUGAUCAAUUAAUUUAAAACAUAAUGAAAAAGUUUUUUGCAUAAAAUUCUCAUAUCCUUUGGUAUUUUUUAGUGGAAAUGUUUUCAUCAUGACAUGGAAUUUUACUCAUAUGAAUUAAAUUUGUAAAAUUAGUUUUGUCUUCAGAUUUCGAUCAAUCAGAUCACUGUUUUUGAGGUCAAGUAGCACCGUCAUAUCAAUGUCCUUUUGAUAGUCCCCCUGGCUAUCUGACUUAUCAAAACAGUAAUUUCACAGUCGCACAUCGAUUUUUUUUUAUUUGACAGAUUCUGUGAGAGAGUUAUUAGACAGACUGCGUUGGUCCUGAUUGACUAAAAAUGAUUAAAUUGAUCUGACUGCUCGUAAUCUGAGAAAAAUGAUCCUUCGAAUACCCAGCAACCUUCGAAAUUCAUCGUCCAGUUAUUCUCAUGUUUUCCUAUGUAGCAACGAAAGUGAUACGUUUGGCCCUAAAAUCCGUCGCGGUAUCGGUUCGGAAUCUGAAUCAGCCGAGUUAAGCCUCUCGUUGUUAAACAACAAAACAUUACUGAAAUUAUCCGAUAAUUUUCACAAUUUGAGGGCAUCACAAUCGAUUAUUUUUCCCUUGCAAAAUGUCCGCCAAUAGAAUUGCCGCAUUUGACGUUAUUUUUUCUAGUCCGCAUGAUGUUCACGUCAGAGUUUCUGAUAUUUUUGCUGGUGAUUUCUCAUAUCGCCUAUAUUUAAACAUAAAAAGUCAAUUAAUCCAUGAACACUUUAUCUAAUUUUAUGGAUUAACCCCUCACGUAUGGGGUGUUGAGUUCGCCGCGACGCUGUCCACCAUCAAAAAUAAAAAACAUUUUUUCCAAAACUAUAAAGAGAACCGUUUGGAAAAUAAAUCAAAUUAUCUUUCUAUUUCUUUCUAUAAAGAAAGUUUGGUAAUGACAGUUCAUCUUUAAACGGAUCAGCUCAACGUAAAACGGUCUCGUUGAUUGCGAAAACUUUCACCAGUAAUUUUGAAACUUUUAUCAUGAAUAUUUUAAAGGUUUACCCAUUGAAAGAUACAAGUAUGUCAGGUUUUCUACUAUCAAAUAUUCACUGCAUCCGUGUGCUUUACUAAUUAAUAAUUUUGUUAGAAUUGUGGGAAGUUUACUAACGAAAUUGGGAGCCCGGGGGCGCCCCUCGAUGCGGACAAUUCGCGGCGCAGAGAUCCCUUACGUGAGAAGUUAUGGAAUAUGAAACGAAUUAUAAUUUUGUAAUUUUGAAUUAUAAUUUUCUCUCGUGGUGUAAUUCUAUUGACUGAAGUUUGGAUGGAAAAUAAUUCCCCCAUCCCAUACCACUCGAACUCCAAAAUUAUUUGGCCAUAUACCUCAAGGUUCCCUGUAAACAAAGUGCUAGUUUAUCAAAAACAGUAAAAUAUGAAAUGAGGCGAUAAAAGUGUGAUUGAACCACUGUGAAUUUAUAAUCAGAUACCGAAAACCGAACUAAUUGCAAUCCCAUGAAUUGAAUGAUACUUUCAUUGCUGUAGCAUAUACACUAUUUUAUAUUGUUGGACAUAGAAAACAAGUGGUAAAAUACGAGAUUUAAAACUUAAUUUACGAGAUUUCUAAACUUGUAAAUUACAAUUGUGAAAACGGAAAUUACAUUCAAAAAAGCCUAAAUUACGAGUUCCUAUCUCGUAAAUCACGAUUUCAAAAAACGUAAAUUAUGAGAUCUGAUCUAGUAAAUUACAUUUUUUGGAACGUAAAAUACGAGAUCCAACCUGGUGAUUUGCGUGCCCGUCAUUUACGACAGCUCAAUCAUCAAAAAUCCUUGAUUUUUAUAAAACAAAAAGACAAACUUUUUUUGUCAAUAUGAAAUCUUUACAUUUCAGAUGAUUCUGAAUCAUGCGAGGCCAUUUUUCAGAGAUAUUUUUUUUUUAUUUUUUAAAUUAAUUUCGAAAAUGUUACGAAAGACGCUUAUUCAACCAAUAAAAAAUCUGUAAGUGCCAAAUUGUUCAAAUUUCCCAUUAGCAUUCUGCAACCGCAAAAAUUACGGCUCAGACAACAAUUUCACGCGACUAAAAAUCUCUACAGCACUCGUCCUGACAUGUACUACUGCGUUUCAUGCUAUGUUUUUUUAAUUGAAAAAAUUUUACUUCUUCAUUUGUAUACACGGAACUUAUUGGGAAAUACAUAUGAAUUUGGGAGUUCUUGGAGCAUUACAUGUAUAUUGAUGUCAACAUAAGUUCCCUUUGACAAUCUACCCCCAUCACAUGAAUUUCAUAUACAAACCCGUGCUCCCCCCUCGUUUUUUUCAAAAGAAAAACUGAAGUCUACUUCAGUAUAAUUAUUUUUUCUGGUUUUAACUAAUCAGAGUGCGGUAUUCAGAGUCCCGUGACACCUUCACGUUAUUUUCACUAUAAUAAUUUCCUUAGCUAGAGGUCAUUCAUCAGUAGUCAUACCACUAGUGCUCCAAACUUAUCGGAUAUUUCUCGGUAGCUUCGUCCCCUAGAAACGAUCGUACUGCACCCUCAGGAUGUUAAUCAGCCAAACUUAACUCUCUCGUUGUCACACAACAAAACAAUCGUGAAAUGAUCCGAUAAUGUUGAAGGUCUUGGGAUAUUACAAUCGCAAAUUGUGUGUUUGGAUGGGUCAGUUGAUAAAAUUGGGUAAUUACGUAUCUUGCUGAUUUGUUUUCUAAUAGGGAAGAUAAUGUUGAAAUAAACGUUUGUAUUAUACAUUUGAA